AGAGGCAGCUGCCGGCUACUCCCUCCUACUCCUCGGAACAAACGCUAUAUUCAUCUGCUCCAGCUUGCAAGCGGCGAAAACCCCCUCAAGGAGUCUAACUACGUUUUUUUCUCCGCUGUCGAGCGACAGACUACAAACUUCGAUAUACUACAGGACGCCAAACCGGCCACUCUGCUGAUACGACAAUGAGGAGUAUCGUUUGUUGCAUAUGGGGUCUGCUGUUUCUGGUAGAGGUACAGGCGCAAUCCCAGCGGAGGCCGGCGUUUACUUGCGGCGGAAACAUAACGGGGGACAAUGGGGUCAUCGGUAGCCAGGGAUAUCCGGGGGUUUACCCCCCAAACACAAAAUGUAUUUGGAGAAUUACGGUUCCCGAAGGGAAGGUGGUUGUCCUCUCUUUCCGAUUCAUCGACCUGGAGAAUGACAAUCUGUGCAGGUAUGACUAUGUGGACGUGUACAACGGCCAUGCCAGCGGGCAGCGCUUGGGCCGCUUCUGCGGUACCUUCAGGCCAGGCGCCCUGGUCUCCACCGGAAACAAGAUGCUGGUGCAGAUGGUGUCCGAUGCCAACACUGCUGGAAGCGGCUUCCUGGCUGUGUACUCCGCCGCUCAUCCGCACGAGCGAGGUGACCAAUACUGUGGAGGUCGCUUAGAGAAACCUUCCGGAUCCUUCAAGACUCCCAACUGGCCAGAGAAGGACUAUCCGGCUGGAGUCACCUGCUCCUGGCACAUUGUGGCACCUAAAAACCAGAUUAUUGAGGUGAAGUUUGAGAAAUUUGACAUCGAGAGAGAUAACUACUGCCGGUAUGACUACGUGGCAAUUUUCAACGGUGGGGAAAUCAAUGACGCCAAACGAAUUGGGAAGUACUGCGGAGACAGCCCACCAGCUCCAGUCUUCUCCGAUGGGAACCAACUCCUUAUUCAGUUCCUCUCUGACCUGAGUCUUACCGCUGAUGGCUUUAUUGGUCACUACAAGUUCAGACCAAAGAAGUUCUCCACCACUACCAUGCCCCCGACCACCACCACCCCACUGGCUACGACCAGGGCCGCAACAUUGAAGUACUCAGCAGCUCUAUGCCAGCAGAAAUGCAAGAGGAGUGGGACCCUUGAGAGUCAUUACUGCUCAAGCAACUUUGUGAUAACGGGGACAGUCAUCACCGCAGUGACACGGGGGGGCAGCAUGUACGCUACCAUCUCCAUCAUCAACGUCUACAAGGAGGGGAACCUCGCCAUUCAGCAGGCAGGAAAGACCAUGAGCACCAAGAUCGUCAUUCUCUGCAAGAAGUGUCCCCUCAUCAGACGAGGUCUGAACUACGUCAUCAUGGGCCAGGCGGACGAGGAGGGACGCGGCAAGAUCGCGCCGCACCACUUCGUCAUGGCCUUCAAAGCCAAGAACCAGAGGAGCCUGAACGUCCUGAAGACCAAACGCUGCUGAGCCAACGACCCUCCCCGAGCUACGGCCGGCGCCCCCCCCGGCCCCGCCCACAGCGUUACUCCGUCCCCACUCUUUCAGCAAGGACAGACCCAGCGUUAGAAGCACCUCAGCGCGGUUGCACAAUCCCACCCUGUCUGACCUGCCCCCCCGCUGUUUUUCUUUCCCUCUUCUGAAGCGGCCCCGGAACACGGCGUAAACAGGGAGCGCAGUCAGAGGCCUUCGUUUGAUGUCUGUCAACCAGUCUUUGGUGUCGGUGCUUGGUGGGCGGAGCCGAAACAUUUCAAACAGCAGUUUGUCAGACGGAGUACGCCUGGCAGAUAAACCAGUGUCAUCUCCUCUUUGUUCUAUACUUACUCUCUUACAAAGCAGCGUUUUACAAACUAAUCUCUGUCACUUGUGAUUUCAGUGCCAUUUUGGAUGAACAAAAUGUGGGGAACGUUCUAUGUGGUGAUGUAAAGUGCAAUAACUUUUUUAAAAAGUUGAUGUAUAGCCUUUUCCUUAAAUA